AGACUACACGCUGGCGUGAGCGCUACACUGGGUAACUGUCCCAGUGAGGGUAAACAAACGCCAGCUCACACAUAUCGUCUGUAGUGGGAGUAUAGAGUGUACUGCUGCUUUAACACAUUGAAAACAUUGGAGUCGUUGAUUUGUAUUUGGAGGGGAAUUUUGAAUUGGAUUAAUGGCAGCCCUGAAGACCACAAAAGAACCCAGGAAAGAGUACCUAUCUGUGAAGGACUUGGAAAAGAUUUUGGAUUCUUGCAAGCUGCGGUUGACCCAGAUAAAUGAGGUUUGGCCGAACAUAUUCAUAGGAAAUGUGUAAGUAUUCAUUUGAACAAUAAUUAAUAUUAACUCCAUUACACUUAGUUUAUAGUUCAAGAGUUUGUAAAUAAAAAUACUCAAGCAGUUAUGGUAAAUUCUAUGUCAAUGUCACAGUAAACAGAUCAACUGUAACCCAAGGUCAUAUCAUUGGCUACUGCAAACAUCUCAUGUAAUGAAAUAUAUGUAUUAUUUAUUGUUUGUACAGUUUCUGACGAGUUGAAAACUAUUUGACUAAUUAAUUAAUUAAUGUAGCUAGUGCUGCACUGCAUUCACAACAGUUCCGUCUCACCACCUUCUCUCUCUUUGUCUUACCAGGGCAAUAGCCCAAAACAGGAGUGCCUUGCAGAAGCUAGGUAUCACUCAUGUAUUAAACGCUGCUCAUUCCAAGCGAGGCAGCACAGGGGACCAUAGGUUUUAUGGAAACGGCUUUGUUUAUUAUGGUAUUCCAGCAGAGGACUCAACUCACUUUGAUCUGGAUGUUUACUUCAAGCCCGCAGCUGAUUUCAUUCACAAAGCGUUGAAACAACCAGAUGGUAAGACUCCUAUUCUAAGUCAAGUGGGGCCAAUCAGCAACUGUAACAAAGUGUUUUUCCUGGCUCUGUUUCGGUAAAAAGCUGGAGAAAUUGAAUCACUCUCUAAUAUAUAGACAGAGCGAUGGAUGCAAGGACUGACCAUCCAUGAUAUCAAAAUGAUAGUUUUAACCAUGUUUUGAGGCUAUACAGUGUUUGUUUACAUUUACAAUGUUUACAAACAUUGGAGCAAAACAAGCUUAUAUUUUAGGUUCUGAUGGGGAACGACCGUUGAACUAAUCAUUUAUAAGUUAUAUUCUUCAAGAAUCAAUGGUACAGAUCUUUAAUUUAUAAGUCCAAAAAUGGAUGUAGCAACUUCUGAUUUCCCCUUUCAUUUUACAUUGGAUAUCUUUACAGGCAGAGUUAUGAACACUAAAAAAUAUAAUUUCAAGUUGCCACAUUUCGUCUGCUAGGCUUUUACAAUCUGGUCUAUGCAAAAGCACCGACCUCAACCCAUUCCCACAGUACCCAAGCCUGUCCUUGUAACGCACAUUAAAUAGUUAGUUAUACAGUAACUAUUUCCAAUCCACACAGAAAAAAGAAGAAUAAGAAAUCUUACCUUGCAGAAUGGUACUUUAUAAAGUCUAACCAUGGAUCCUCUCAGAGAGUCUCACCACCAGAGGACAGGCAGAAUGGGAUUUAUGUGACAGCCAAGCAGCCUAGGCCUCUCUCUCUACAAAGGCAACUUAAAUGAUCAAAGGCAAUGAAUUAUGGAAACUAUUUUGAGAUCUCUGAGGGGAAUAGAAAGGCCACAGUAUGAGGCGGGCAGUCAUGUAUGAUAUUAAUAAGAUGGUGGCCUCUCACUAAUCCCAUCACUUUCUUCUCUCUUCUCAUCUCAUCUCCCAGGCUGUCAUUCUAAAUAAGAAUUAGUUCUUAAUUGACUCGCCUGGAUAAACAAAGGUUCAAUAAAUAAAUAAACAAUUCUCCUUUCUCCUCUUCAGGGAAGAUUCUCGUCCAUUGCAUUAUGGGUAUGAGCAGAUCGUCUACUUUGGUGUUGGCGUACCUCAUGUUGUAUUGUCACAUCCCCCUCCAUUGUGCCCUCCAGAAAGUAAUCCAGAAGAGAGCCAUUUACCCUAACAGGAACUUCCUGGCACUGCUGCUGGACCUAGAGCUUCAGUUGAAGAGAACAAGGACAACAUGGAGAACCUGUCUGAUUCUGUAG